AUGUCUCAAGUUUAUCGCGAGCGCGAUGUGCGCUAUACAAGAGAUGAAAGUCCUUCGUCCGAUGACGAUAAAUACAAAAGUACAACUAUAAAACGGUACAAGGUUGCUGGUGGAAAGUCUGGUAAUAGGGUUGUGGAACGAGAUCGUAUUGAGCGCUUUGAGGAAGACGACGAUCGCAGAUCAAGACAUUCGCAUUCACAUUCGCAUUCCCACAAAGCUCACUCUCCCGAUGAUGUCAUAGAAGUCGAUCGCAUCGACCGCCGCAUUGAAAGAACUACCUAUCCCGACCGACCGAGAUCAUCUUUCGACCCACCCGACCGAUACAGAGACGUAGAAUAUGAGCGUGAGGUCGAUAGGGGAAGAGAUCAUUAUCCAGAGCGACACUCUCACACUAGGGUCGUCGAGGAGAUUAAGGAGACAUCUACCUCACCCCGUGACAAUUAUUGGGACCGCCGACAAGGAUAUCCUUGGGAUGACACGGAUGUCCGGAUCGACAAACGUGUGGUACGUCGGGACGACGACGGCGAUGUGAGAAUCAAGGAAAAAACUGUAGAAGAACAUAGAGAUGACUCUCGCGACUACAGAGAACGCAACUGGAAGGUUGAGCGCAGGGUCGUCGAGGAAAGAGAACCGCCGCGUGAUGUUGACGUUGAGCGAUAUAGGAAGGAGGUCGAGUAUUACGCGGCACCCUCUCCACCACCUGCCCCUGUUAUCAUCCGUCAAAAACUUCCUGAGCAGAAGGUUGUUAUUCACGAAGCUGCUGCGCCGGCUCCUGUAAUCCUUCCACGCCAGGAGCCCACAUAUAUCGUCCUAAGAGAUGAGCAUCGCGAAGUCGCGCCGCCACGCCGAGAGGAGGAAGAACAUCACCGACGACGUCGUGAUGAGCGCGAAUACGAAAGUGACGGAUACGACGAAGAUUACUAUGUCAAGCGAACUAUCAUAAGACGAGAUCGUAGCUCGAGCUCCGAUCACAAAAAACGCCAUCUAGCUGAAGGUGCCCUUGCCGGAGCCGGUCUCACUGCCCUAUUGUCGCCACGUGGUAAUAAGGAUAGUGGUUACCGCGAACACCGAGGGCGUAAGGUUCUUGCCGGUGCCGCCCUGGGUGCCUUGGGUACCGAGGCCGUGCGCCGUGCCAAGAGUGCGUACGAGGAUAGGCAUGACGACAGAUACGAAGACGACUAUGAUGACGGGUAUUACCAUCAUCGUCACCGCAGCAAGUCACGCAGUAGGCUGGCAACUGGCUUAGCAAUCGGUGCUGCUGCUCUGGCCGUUGCUGGUGGAUGGAAGUACAUGCAGAACAACAAGAUCGAGAAAGAAGAGGCCCACCGUGGACGUGCGCGACGCCGGCAUUCCGUAGACUCUUACUCGAGAUCUCCAAGUCAAUCAUCGCGCCGCUCCCGCACCCGUAGCAAGUCUAAUUCGAAAGCGGCCAAGGCAGCCCUGGCGACAGGUGCUCUCGCUGGCGUAGUGGAGCAUUAUAGGUCUAAAUCUCGCGGAAAAUCUCGUUCGAAGUCCCGCUUAAGAACAGGCGCUGAAAUUGCAGCUGCCGGGUUGACUGGCGCUGCAGCGAGCAAAAUAUGGGAUCAUCAUAAAGAGAAGAAAGAACAUGAACGUGAGAGGGAAUUAGAUGAAGAGGAGUAUUCUGAUAGAGAUCGUGAUCGAGGCCAUUCAAGAAGUCGAUCCCACUCCAGGUCUCUUAGCCGCCAUUCGCGUUCCCGAGACUCUACGGCUGAUAGAGAAUUAGGCCUGGUUCCUUAUCCCGGAGUUGAGUACGGGAGUCAACCUCUCGAGGGAUACGAGUCGGCGAGCGAAGAGCCACGACGCCGCACUCGCCAUCGUCACCGAUCAACCUCCGCGACGUCUGACCGAGAGGCUCGUAAGAAGAGGAGUCGUAGCACGCUUCGUGAUAUAACUGCCGCCGGGCUUGGCACUGCCGCUGCCGCGAUAGGCCUCAAGAAAUAUCAGGAUCGCCAGAAGAGCAAAGAAAGAGGCAAGGAUCGAGAAGAUAGAGGUAAAUCUAGGGAUAGGAGUCGGAAUCGUUCGCUUGACAGGGAAGACCAGAAUCGAGAAAGGCGAAAGGCUAGGCGGUCCCGUGACCGCGAACGAAUGCGUUAUGAAGAGGAAGCUCCAAACCCGUACUACUACGGCGAUGAGGGUCCACCAUCUCCGCCUCAUGCUUCAGGUGGUGCUUAUUAUCCUCCUCCGCCCCAAGAGCCUACCGGACCACCGCCAGCCGGUCCUGGUGGGUUUAUGCAACAUCCUAACCCGUCUACGACGAACUUCAAUGCUUACCCCCCUCACCAACCAUAUAACCCUCAAGACUAUAUAAACCAACCUCCCAUGAACCUCCCUCCGCCACCCCCUGGACCUCCGCAAUCUGGACCUCUACCCCCACCCCCAGGCUCGGGUAACCGCCCUGGGCCAGAAAAUGUGAGUCGUCCACGCUCUGGUGACAUCCAAUCUCAUCCCGAUGCCUCUCGGAGCCCGGCUAUCGAGCAGGAUGGUCUAAGCUACCGGCAGCGGACGCGUUCUCCUUCUCCUUCUCCUAGCCCUAAGGAAGUUAAAUUCGGCCCCCUCUCACCAAAGUCCUCACAAACUCUCCGAAGACAUCGCCGAACCCUAAGUAGACCAUUAGACGAAGAUGCCGUCGACGAAGAGCUUGCUCGUCUGAACCGGCCCCGGGACUCUAGAAGACGGUCGGGCUCCGAACCAAAUUACGAUCGUCCGCGUGUCAAACGACGAAGAAGACGCGGUGACCAAUCGCCGGCCUCUGACGAAGACGAUGUCGAAUACUUACCUGACCGAUUUGAUUCCUCCGGCCGACCUCUCGAUAAUGAUAAUAGCACACUUUCUAGUAUUCCGAGACGCGGCUCUUUCGAAUAUCUCCCGCGCGACAACAAUGACUGGCACGUCCGCGGCGCGUGGCAGACGCUCGGAAAUCCGGACCCGGCGCUCGUCAGCGGACUUGCGCAAACUUUUGGUGAAUUGUUGCAGCCUAGGGGUGGGUUGAUGGGGAUGCUGGGACAUGCAUUGAGGGAUAUUUAA